AUGGCUACCGAGGUCGAACACCCCGUGGGCCUCGUCCAGCAAGUCUCGACACCCGGCUCAUCAACCCCUCAGGAUGUCUCUCCCACAUCCGCCCACAAGAUGGACCAGACUCCUUCCCCCUCCACUUCUACCCACAAUGGACAGCCUCCCUCUUCGCAAUCAAGGCGCCCGCCGCGCAAGAGCACCCUGACCCAGCAGCAAAAGAACCAGAAGAGACAGCGCGCGACUCAGGACCAGUUGACAACUCUGGAGGUGGAAUUCAACAAGAACCCAACCCCCACUGCCACCGUUCGUGAGCGGAUAGCAGAAGAGAUCAACAUGACUGAAAGGUCUGUUCAGAUCUGGUUCCAGAACAGACGCGCCAAGAUCAAGCUUUUGGCCAAGAAGAGCCUCGAGACCGGCGAAGACAUUGAUUCGAUCCCCGAGUCUAUGCGAGCCUACCUCGCUAUGCAGGCUAUGGAGUCUGGCAAGGGACUCGGCGGCCCCUUCCUUGGCCGUACCGGCCUUCUCCCCUACGGCCACAACAAUAUGCUUCUCGGCGGUGACCAGAACGGUCAGGGCAAAGUUUGUAAGUCGAACAAGUUCCUGGCAAAUCAUCGACGAAAGCAGCACUAA